UGUCCAAAGUAAAUGAACGCAGUGACUCAGCACAUCAAUUAAUCAAUUUAAAGGAAGAACAAGGACCCAAUCAUGUGAAUGAAGCUGCCCUGGUUCUACCUGAACUGUGAUUAUAUCUGUACCUUUGAAGGACAUAACCUUCUUCUACUAUCUGGCCUCUGUUUAACAGUGUUGUGUUUGAUAGAGCUAUGUCUUGUAGUCCUUAAAUUGAAAUCAAGUCCAUAUCUAUUCCAUGAGCUGCUUUUGCUUGAAGAAAGCUAGACCAAAGACUAAGCAAGAACUAUCUACCAUUCUUGCUUCAGAGACAUCUUUUACUGUGAAUGAGGUUGAGGCUUUGCUUUGCACGUUUAAAAAACUAAGCAGUGCAAUUGUUGAUGAUGACUUUCUUCACAAGGAGGAGUUCCAUCUUGCACUUUUCAAUAAUAGCGGAAAGCAGAAUCUAUUUGCAGAUAGGGUAUUUGAUAUGUUUGAUAUCAAACGUGAUGGAGUAAUUGGCUUUGGGGAAUUUGUUCGCUCACUAAGCAUCUUUCAUCCAAAUACAUCUGAAGAGAAGAAAAUUGAAUUUGCAUUUAGAUUGUUUGACCUUAGACAAAGUGGUUACAUUGAACGCCAAGGGUUAAAGGAAAUGGUGUUGGCUACUCUGACUGAAUCAGAUGUUACGGUUCCCGAUGAUGUUGCUGAAGCAAUUGUGGACAAGACAAUGGAGGAGGUUGAUUCAAAAGGAGAUGGGAAGAUAGAUAAAGAAGAGUGGAAAGAAUAUGUAGCAAAAAAUCCUUCUCUUCUGAAGAUCAUGACUCUACCAUAUCUAAAGGAUAUAACUCUGGCAUUUCCCAGCUUUAUUUUGCACUCUGAGGUGGAAGAUUAGCUACAAAUGAUUGCUAGUCAAUGCAGCUAGAGCACAUAAUUAGCAACAGAGGAUCUGAAUUCCCCUGAAUACAUUGUAUAAUACUAUGUCGAAAACACAAACCCCAUUAACCAAUCUAUUGUUCACUACUGCAAUAACGAAAAGAGAAAUUCUAUGAUACCCUUGGCACAAGUAUUGUAAAAUUCUCCCUCUUGCGUUGUCUCUCUCUUCUUUAGUGUGUCUAAACUCAUUUAUCUGUUGGCCCAAAAAAUAAUUAUAUGAAAAUUCUUAGA